GAAAUGAUAUAGAGGCCUUACAAAUAAACUUUGGCGUCCUUUAGACUCUACAAUCAAAAAAAGCUCACUCUGAAAAUACCACUUACUAACAUUAAAAGGAAACUACCUCAACACAGAGAAUGAAAAAUGGAAAGGUUUGCAAUAAAACAAAUGAACAUGCUCUGUCUGGAUAAUGUGUAGAAGCACCGUCUCCAGGAAACAAGCUUACAGGUUGUUGUUUUUUUUUCCUCCAGUAUUAAGAUGGGAAACAUAAGUGGAUUUGACUGACGGGUUCUGUCAAACCGAAAAGCUGUUUGAACUGCUGAGGCGAAGAUUCAAUGGUUUUUCAUGGUCACUGUUGAGCAGUGAUUUUGCUCUUCCACUCCUGAUUCUGUCUGAAGAAUUUUGUCCUAGAACUUUCUAAAGGUAACAUUUCUUCAGUAUAAAUUAGCAUUAACACCAAGGGUCAGAAAUGGACUCAGACGGAAACUGCAGCAGGCCGCUUACCCCCACGGCUGAUUAGAAAUUAUAUUCCAGGCGUGUAAAGCAAGGAUGCUAAGCAGGAAACAUACAGUAUUUUUUAAAAUCGAACACAGCUUGCUUUUACUAUUAUAAUUUGUAGCUGCAGCAGUGCUGCGUUGGAACACUGAAUUGUACAGAGUCAGCAGAACUGCUGCCUUUCUCACUGCUGAUAAAAGUACUUACUUUUUUUUUGUUAUUUUGGGGUUUGAUUUUAAUUUUUUUGGUGAGUGUGUGUUUUCAAGAUGCCUCCUCUGAAAAUUAUGCGCAUAUCCCUCUACUGCUGCUGCUAUUGUAGGUAGAUUUUUCCAAGGGAGCAGCAACUCAAGAGAACCGAUUGUUGAUCCAAGGGGCUCGAGUCAAGUACUUCCUUAUGUAUUGCUGCAGUGCACAAGAAAGUAAAAUGGACUACAAGAGGCGCUUUUUGCUGGGCGGGUCCAAGCAAAAAGUGCAGCAACACCAGCAGUAUCAAGUGCCAGAACUAGGCAAGACCCUGAGUGCACCUUUGGCCUCUCCAGCUACAGCACCCCCUCUGAUUUCCCCGGCUGCUGCGGGCAGCUGCAACCAGGCAACCCCGAUUGCAGACAUCCAGCAGGGAAUCUCCAAGUACCUGGAUGCACUCAACGUGUUUUGCCGGGCGAGUGCUUUCCUUACAGACCUUUUCAGCAGUGUAUUUCGGAAUUCACACUAUUCUAAGGCAGCUAUGCAACUGAAAGACGUGCAGGAACAUGUCAUGGAAGCAGCGAGUCGCCUCACCGCAGCAAUAAAACCAGAAAUUGCAAAAAUGCUCAUGGAACUUAGUGCCGGAGCAGCAAACUUUAAAGAUCAAAAGGAGUUCAGCCUACAGGACAUUGAGGUACUUGGACGAUGUUUCUUGACGGUGAUGCAGGUUCAUUUUCAGUUUCUCUCCCAAGCGUUGCAGAAGGUCCAGCCCGUGGCUCAUUCCUGUUUCACUGAAACCAUGGCUCAGGAAAGAAAGAAUUCGGUCGUGGCAGAAGUGUCCACCCCGAGCCCCAUGACUGAGCUGGAAGAGGCCGUUCAGUCGUGGAGGGGGGCGGCUGAGGCCACGUCACGGUUACGAGAGAGGGGGGGCGACGGCUGCCUGGCUGGAAUUGAGGUCCAGCAACUCUUCUGCUCCCAGAGCGUGGCCAUCCCAGAGCAUCAGCUCAAAGAACUGAACUUGAAAAUAGACAGCGCUUUGCAGGCAUAUAAAGCUGCAUUGGACAGCUUGGGUCACUGUGAAUAUGCAAUGAAAGCCGGCUUCCACUUGAACCCAAAGGCGAUUGAAGCAAGUUUGCAGGGCUGCUGCAGUGAGGUUGAAGCCCAGCAGACCGGGCGCAGACAGACCCCUUCUCAGCCUAUCCAGUGUGAGCUCCCAACAGUCCCUGUUCAGAUCGGCGCCCACUUCCUGAAAGGCAUCUCCUUUAAUGAGUCUGCCGCCGAUAACCUGAAGCUGAAAACGCACACGAUGAUACAGCUGAUUAAAGAGGCAGGGUACCAUAAUGGAAUGACGCCACGGGACGACUCUCCUGUGACUGAAGUGCUGAACCAGGUUUGCCCUUCUACAUGGCGCGGGGCCUGCAAGACGGCCGUACAGCUGCUGUUUGGACAAGCUGGCCUGGUGGUUGUGGAUACAGCACAGAUUGAAAACAAAGAAGCCUAUGCACCGCAGAUCAGUUUAGAAGGCUCCAGAAUUGUGGUUCAAGUCCCAUCCACUUGGUGCCUGAAGGAAGAUCCCGCCACCAUGUCACUGCUGCAGAGGAGCCUGGAUCCGGAGAAGACCUUGGGACUGGUGGACGUGUUGUAUACUGCCGUGUUUGACCUACAUCGGUGGAAGGAAGGGAGAGAGCAAGCGUUACCCUGUAUUCAGAUCCAGCUCCAGCGUGAGAUCUCUGAUUUUGGGGGUCACAUUGACUUACCAUCUGGAAAUGGCAGCAAAUCCACAGGUGGCUUGCAAAAGACUUUCUCAAAGUUGACUUCUCGGUUUACAAAGAAAACUUCAAACAGUGGGAGUUACUCCAUUCCCACCACACCUUCCAAAAACCUUUUUAUAACCAACAACUCAGAGGAUAAAGCGAAGAUGAUGCCCGGCGCCGCGGAUACCCGGCUGCAAAGUAUCCUGAACAUCGGCAACUUCCCGCGGGCUGUGGAGUCGGCCCAGACGGUCCAGAGCUCCGGCCACCCGCUGGUCAACGGGCUCCUCCUGGAGAGGCGGGACGGCGGCAGCAAAGCCGAAGAGGGCAAGGACGGCAAAGGCAUGAACUUGCCGACGGACCAAGAGAUGCAGGAGGUGAUCGAUUUCCUCUCGGGCUUCAACAUGGGCAAGUCCCAGCAGGCCUCCCCCAUGGUGAAAAGGAGGAACUCUGCGGCGUCCUCGCCAGCGGCGCCGGAGCACAAGCCGGCGGCUGUGCAGCAGCAGCCUCAGUCCUCCUCUCACACCCCUUUGCACCACCUCCACCAGGGGCUGGCACCGGCGCCGCCGCCACAGCAGCCGUCCCAGAAGCCCCCACCAUCGCUGCCACCGCCGUACUACCCCCAUUUGCUCCAGCCCUUUGGGUCGCAGCAACAGCAGCAGCCGCCGCCUCCGCGCCCGGGUCCUGGCAAAUGGCCGACCCCUUCCAGCCAGCAAGCCUCCCAGAGCGUGGCUCCGGGCUUGUCCCCAAUGCCUCAGUGGAGCAGCAACGCCUUUUCCGACCUGAGCUCCGACCUGUACAGCUUAGGUCUGGUGAACAGCUACAUGGACAACGUGAUGUCGGAGAUGCUGGGGCAAAAGCCGCCGGGGCCGAGGAACAACACGUGGCCCAACCGCGACCAGAGCGAGGGGCUCUUUGGGAUGCUGGGAGAGUUCUUGCCUUUUGACCCGGCAGUUGGCUCGGAUCCAGAGUUUGCCCGCUACGUGGCCGGGGUGAGCCAGGCCAUGCAGCAGAAAAGGCAGGCGCAGCACUUCCGUCGUCCCGGCAAUACGCGCGGCAACUGGGCUCACCCUGACGACCCCCACAGAACUUGGCCCUUUCCAGAGUAUUUCACGGAAGGGGAGAUGACAAGCAGCUGGUCAGGUACUCAGGGAGACUCGGCCAGUUCCAGCGACGAAACCUCCUCUGCCAAUGGAGACAGCCUGUUUUCCAUGUUCUCAGGGCCAGACAUCAUUGCUGCCGUCAAACAGAGAAGGAAACACAGCAGUGGAGAGCAAGACCCAAGCACACUUCCUUCCCCACCACUCCUGUCUACGGUGGACGAUCACAAUCAGGACAAUAAAACCAAAACCUGGCCUCCGAAGGCUCCCUGGCAGCACGUGCUCCCCCCGAGCCAAAGCAUGUCCUUGUACCAGAUGAACCACCCUGCCAGCCAGUGGAACGACACCAUGCCGAUCCUCCCGUCGCCCGUCUGGUCCACCGCCAACGACUGCACUCCAUCGACAGGGAUUUCCUCCACCUUUGCCUACACGCAGCAGCAGCAGCAGCAGCAGCAACAACAGCAGCAGCAGCAGCAAUCCCCGCCGCUGCCACCGCCUCAGCACAAGCAGAUGAACAAGGGCUUCAAACAGUUUCCCGUCAAGCACGAACGCAGGCCAUCCUACAUGCAUCAGUACUGAGGGGGGUGGGUGGAUGGGUGAGUGGGUGGGGGCUUUUCUUCCUAGCCGGACCAAAGUCUUGGGUGUGACGUGCAUUUCCCUUUGUGCUGCCGUUGUGCCAUGGUGGCUGUCUCCUGGUGGUUCUGUGAAGUGACAGCUUCUAGUGGUGAUUCUCCCUCCCUCCCUUCUCAUUCUCUCUCUUCCCCCCCCCCAAAAAAAACCACCCCGACUCCCCCUUUUUUAACAGCGCUGAGCAAACGGUGCCAAGAUGUUAGGUGUUACACAAAACAGAGCGGAAACUGUGACGUUUUCAAAGCAUAUGGACUACCCUGCUAACCAAUGGCUACAUUACUACCACACAGAAUACACUGUAUUUUAUAGCUAUUUUUUCAUAUAGAUUUAUAGUUACCAUUUCUUGCGAAAACAAAUUUGAGUAUUUCAAAGCAGAAUCUAGCAGUUUUGCUCAACACUCAUUUUGUUUAUAUUUCUAACUAACAAGAUACAACGUCUUCACUUGGAUUCCUUUUUUUAACGUGCCACAUGAGGUCUUUGUCACAGAAGUGGUGCAAAACCAACGGCAAAACUGCUAUUUCCAGUUAUUUCAUUCAAGCAAAAACAGUUCUCACAAUUUUUUCCUGGCCAAGUCUGGGGGUGCAAUCCGCCUGUAAGCUGUGCUAAAGCUCAACAUAGUCAUUUUUUUUAGUGGAUUGUGCUCCCCUGUGGCCAACACUACAUUUGAAUACACAAGUUUGAUAUUUUUACAUUUGGCCAAAGGCAUUAUCCAUACAGUGCUCUUUAAAUGUAUGAAAUAAUUGUUAAGACUACUUGCAAAUAUUUAAAAGUCUUAUUUCAGUGCUAGACUUAGUGUGUAAAAACAUGAGCUGGCUCAGAAGAGAGAGAACUUAAAACACUAUUUUUUGUAGUGCUAGGAAUUAAAGCAACUCCUUUCAGUCAACAUGUGCCAUUAAAUAAGUGAACCUGUGGAAUUAGGAAUUAUCUUCCAACCAAAGUGGAUCUGGGGGAAUGACUGGUGCU